CUCAGGCUCCCCAGCAUCUCUCAGGAUGGCACCCACUUCUUGCCGCUACUCCCCUUUGCCCAUGGAUGAGUUCCCAAAGAAGCUGGGGGGCCGCAAGCUGCCAGGGCGGGUGUGGAUUGUGGGGAUCCUGCUGGGCCUACUGGUGGUAGGUCUGUCUGUGGCAGUCAGCGUUUUCGCUAUCAAGGCCAAUAGCCCAGCUUGCAAGGAUGGCCUCCGAGCUGAGCAGGAGUGUCGAAAGAUCACCCACCUCCUGGAGCAGGAGCUGACCCAGGCCCAGGACGUCUUGCGGGGGACUGAGGCCCAAGCCGCCAUUUGUAACCAGACUGUGGAGACCCUGAAGAUGUCCCUGGAAGAGGAGAAGGCUGGGGGCCACAAGCAACAUGAGCUGGUGCAGAAGCUUCAAGAGGACAUCAAGUCAUUGAAUCAGUCGCUGCAGGAGAAAUCCGCGGAGCUGGAGAAGAAAUCCGAGGACCUGGAGCAACUAAGAAAAGAGAUUGAGACCAUGGUCUCUGCCAAGUGCCCCCCCAACUCCGGAUUCAGCCUUCGUCUCUCCGUGGUCCCUGUGCUCCUGACCCUGAGCCUCCAGGCCCUGCUGGCCUGAGGUCCCAGGAAGCCUGCAGGCAAAGCCAUUCUAACCUGGCUGAGAGUUGUAUGCCCAGGGACAUGAGGAUUAACUGCAGAAUGCAGUCCAGCCAUAACCAAUUUGGCUCAGUGGAUAGAGCGACUGCCUGUAGACUGAAAGGUCCCAGGUUCGAUUCCGGUCAAGGGCAUGUACCUUGGUUGUGGGCACAUCCCCAGUGGGAGGUAUGCAGGAGGGAGCUGAUCGAUGUUUCUCUCUCAUCGAUGUUUCUAACUCUUUCUCCCUCUCCCUUCCUCUCUGUAAAAAAUCAAUUAAAAAAGAAAAGAAAAAAGAAUGCAGUCUCCUUUUCUGAGUGUUUCCUAUCAUCUUGGAAAGAUAACAACCUGGCCCCUGAUGUGCUCUCUACCACUCGGCCGGCACUAUUAUAAUAAAUUUUC